AUGUUGGCCCGAUCUAUAUGCCGUCAAACGGCGCGGGCACGCUUUGUUAUGGCAGCCCGACCUACGUCUCGCAGACACGCCAGUUCUGCAGUCGCUUUCAAAUGGGAAGACCCUCUCAACCUGGCCAAUUUCCUGACCGAGGAGGAAAGAGCCAUUGAAGAAACGGCACGCUCUUACUGCCAGGAACGACUGCUCCCGCGGGUUCUGGAGGCGUACCGCAAAGAAGAAUAUGAUAAAAACAUCCUCAAAGAGAUGGGAGAACUAGGUCUACUAGGUGCUACAAUUCAAGGUUACGGUUGCGCAGGUGUCAGCAACGUUGCUUCAGGAUUGAUUACUAGGGAAGUGGAAAGAGUGGACUCAGGAUAUCGUUCAGGCAUGUCCGUUCAAAGCUCGCUCGUGAUGGGCCCUAUACACGAGUUUGGAACCCAAGAGCAAAAAGACAGAUGGCUUGAGAAGCUAGGGAAAGGACAACUCGUGGGUUGUUUUGGUCUGACAGAACCAAACCACGGGUCCGACCCUGGUUCGAUGGAGACGACUGCGAAGCCUCACCCAUCGAAGGAAGGAUACUACUCUCUUUCCGGAGCCAAGACGUGGAUCACCAAUUCGCCCAUCGCCGAUGUCUUGGUAUUGUGGGCGAAACUUCAGGAGACGGGCAAGAUUCGAGGUUUCGUGAUUGAGAGAGAUCAGUGCCCGCCCGGCACCCUGGAAACACCUCAAUUGAAAGACAAGAACGGGCUAAGGGCGUCUAUUACUGGUAUGAUCCAGCUGGAUGAAUGUCCCGUGCCCAAGGAGAACAUGUUCCCAGACAUUGAAGGACUGAAGGGACCCUUCUCGUGCCUCAACUCGGCUCGGUUUGGCAUUGCGUGGGGUACAAUGGGCGCCCUGGAAGACUGCAUAAGUCGAGCUCGAGAAUACGCAUUGGAAAGGAGGCAGUUCAAGAACAACCCCAUCGCCAAAUAUCAGCUUGUGCAGAAGAAGCUCGCCGAUGCCCUGACAGAUGCCGCAUUCGGCUUGGCCGCGGCCUACCAGGUCGGGAGGUUGAAGGAUGAAGGCAAGGUCACACCAGAGAUGAUCUCCAUGAUCAAGAGACAGAACUGUGACCGAGCCCUUGUCAAUGCUCGCCAUUUACAGGAGAUCUUUGGCGGCAACGCUGUUAGCGACGAGUAUCACAUCGGAAGGCAUGUUGCCAAUCUGUUUGUUACGCAGACCUACGAAGGACAAAGCGAUAUUCAUGCUUUAAUAUUGGGAAGAGCCAUUACGGGGAUCCAAGCAUUUGUGUAA